AUGGCUCCUUCAGUCUGGACAUUGCUGCUGCUGCUGCUGCUGCUGCUGCUGGGGGAUACCAGGGGCCAAGCCCACAAGCCUUCCCGUGUCAAGAGACAGAGGCAUCUGACCUGGAGGCUGCUGGUCCCCCGCUCCGAGAGCAACUCUGUUGUCACCAAGUGUGAUUUUGAUGAUAACGCCCAUCCUCUUUGUGACUGGACCCAAGUCUCUGCCAAUGAUGGGAACUGGACUCGAGCCAAGGGGCCAGGGCACACUGAGACCACUGGCCCCCCUGGGGGUUACCCCAACCAAGAGGGCUACUACAUGCUCAUGGACGCUCGAGCCUUCCGCCAGGGUGGGGUGGCCCGUCUGAGCAGCCCCCCCUUGUCGUACCCCGGGCCGCUAUGUGUGCACUUCGCCUACCACAUGUUCGGGCUGUCGUGGGGCGCCCAGAUCAAAUUGCUGCUGCUCCCUAGCGCCGAGGGGGCGCAACCCCGCCUGCUCUGGAAGCACAGAAACAUCCAGAGCACCUCCUGGAUGCCCACUGCCGUCACUGUGCCUGCGGGGCUGGCCCAGCCUUCCCGGCUGGUGUUUGAGGCCGUGAGGGGCAGCACCACCUCCCUGGACAUUGCUCUGGACGCUCUCUCCGUCUUCCGGGGACCCUGCCAGCCCACCUGUGAGAUGAAGACCUGCAACUUCGACACUCCAAAUGACCUCUGUGGCUGGAGCUGGAUUCCCUCCCCCACGGGGGCCAAAUGGGUCCAGAAGACGGGGUCCUCAGGGGACCCGAACGCAGGGCCUUUGGAUGACUUCUCCAGGCCCGGCAGUGGCUCCUACAUGCUCCUGGACCCCAAGGAUGCGAACGCAGGUCAGAAAGCGACUCUCGUGAGCCCACUGAGCCAGUCCUCGGGCUGCCUGGGCCUCUCCUUCCAAUAUACCCUUCGUGGCCGGAGUGCCGGGGCGACCCUCAUCGUCAAGGCAGCGCUCAUGGGGAGCAUCCAGAAGGACAUCCUCUUCUUAGGACAGCCUGGACCCAGCUGGCAGCCCGCGUCUGUGAACUACACAAACGAGGGGCAGAUACAGUUCCUCAUCGUGGGCCUGUUUGGCGCUGUCCCCGACCCAGCGGUGGCGGUGGACGCCGUCAGCAUCGCACCCUGCAGGGAGUACCUCCCUCAGUGUGACUUUGAAGAGGAUGCCCAUCCCUUCUGUGACUGGGUCCAGGUCUCGAAGGAAGGCGGACACUGGACCCGGGGAAGUAGAAACACGGCUGCGGCCCAUGCCAUAGAGCCCUCUGGAGGUUCCCCCCGCAGAGAGGGUCUUCACUUCAUCUACCUCAAGACCAACGAGGACAAGCGCUCGCUGAAAAGCCAUCCCGUCCAACUGGCCAGCAGGUUCUUCUGUGCCGUGGAGACGGUCUGCAUGGAGUUUGCCUACCACAUGUAUGGCGGCGGGGAGGACACGAUGCUCAAUUUCCUGCUGAGGACGCUGCGGGGUCAGGCGACCUCCAUUUGGAGCCGCUUGGGGUUCCAGAGCCCUCUGUGGCAGCAGGCAUCCAUCACCAUUGCCGUCCCGUUGGGCCAUCAGCAACCCAUUCAGGCGAGCCCACGGGAGAGUGUGUGGCGUGAAGAAAGGGUGGGGGACGGACACGCCACUGCGACGACGGAGAAGACGGAAUGUGGGAAAGGGAGCGUGGGAGAGCUGAUCCUGGAGGCGAUCGAUGUGGCCGUGGGUUUCAUCAUGAUCAACUACGGAGCCUGUUCAGAACUUACCCCCGCAGCGCUUCCUAGGAAAAAUCCUGCUCUGCCUCUGAUCCCCACUGGAAACCCCCCCAACCUCAUGGAACAACCCUUCUCCCCCACUAAGCCCACCACCACCACCACCACCACGACCACCACUACCACCACGACCACCACCACCACUACCACCACCACCACCACCGUAAAAGCCACCCCUCCCACCCAAGAAACCACUGUCUCUACACAAAUAAGUACUGCCUCCACAGAAAGACCCACCCUCUCCACUGAAGAGCCCACUGCCCCCAUUCAAGAAUUCAUCAUCCCCAAUGAAGAGGCCACUCUCCCUGUUGAGAACACACACCCCCUGGAAGCACCUACUGUCCCCACAGAAAAACCUACCACCCCCACUGAGAAGCCCACUGUGCCCACACAACAGCCCACGACCCCUACUGAGAGACCCACAGUCCCCACUGAAAAGCCUACUACUUCUACUGAGAAACCCACCCCCACAAGCCUUAGGGCAGAGUCCCUCAACCUAGGACCCAAACCCAGUGAGCAAGCCAUGCUGACGGUGACGAUGGGAACGCCAAGUACCCUCAGCACCCCUGCGACCCCUAGACCUACUCCAGUGACCUGUCCCUCAGAUGCCCACUACGAGUCCUGUGCCUGCCCUGCAUCCUGUGAGAACCGGAAGCCCACCUGUCCGCUCCCCUGCAGACCAGGCUGCGUCUGCAAUCCUGGCUUUCUGUUUAGUCCGUCCAGUUGCAUCCCAGCCUCUUCCUGCCAUUGCUUCUACAACAACAACUACUACAAGCCUGGAGACGAGUGGUUCAGCCCCAACUGCACCGAGCAAUGCCGCUGCUUGCAGGGCAGCCGCCUGCAGUGCCAGCCCACUCAGUGUGGGACACACAAGGUGUGCCGGCUGCAGGACGGCCAGUAUGGAUGCCACCCCUACGGCACCGCCACCUGCUUGACCUACGGAGACCCCCAUUACCUUACCUUCGACGGGAGGCAUUUUAACUUCAUGGGCAAAUGUACCUAUGUCUUGACCCAUCCCUGUACAAAAUCCACAGAGCCGUACUUCAGGGUGGCGGUCAAGAAUGAGGAACAAGGACAGGAAGGGGUCUCCUGCCUGAGCAAAGUCCACGUGACCCUACCCCAGACCACCAUCACCCUGAUCAAGGGCAAACGCAUACUGCCCCUCCCGCCCCCGGGCCCUAGACCUCACUUUGCCCCUGCUCUCCUUGCGGGCAGCACCUACUUUAACGGACUGUGUGGGUUCUGUGGGAACUACGAUGGCGACAGCAGCAACGACAACCAGAAGCCGGACGGGACCCUGGCCCGGGAUGACGAGGAACUGGGCAACAGCUGGCAAAUUGUGGAGGACCGGGAGAAGGAGUGCGAGAGAAACCUGGCCAAUCCACCGUCUUGUGACUCCACUUUGCAUAACCAACUGCUGGGGCCGGAGUUCUGUGGACGGCUUAUCGACCCCGAGGGAAUAUUUGGGGCCUGCCUGCCACACCUCAAGCCCUUUUUCUACUACGAGAGUUGCGUGCUGGACAUGUGUAACUUCCAGGGCCUGCAGCACAUGCUGUGUUCCCAGAUGGCGGCCCUCACGGAGGCCUGCCAGGAGGCCGGCCGCAUGGUGAAGCCCUGGAGAGACCCCCAGUUCUGCCCUCUGGCCUGCCCAUCCAACAGCAAGUACUCCCUGUGCACCAAGUCCUGUCCUGACACCUGCUACUCUGGCUUCUCGGGCAUGGCCUGCCCUGACCGCUGCGUCGAGGGCUGUGAGUGCAGCCCGGGCUUCGUCCUCAGUGGCCUGCAGUGUGUCCCCAAAGACAAGUGUGGGUGCCUGCGCUCCCCAGGGUCCUAUGUGAAGGCCGGGGAGAGCUGGUAUAAAGAAGGCUGCACGGAGCGCUGCCACUGUGAGGGCAACAAUAGCAUCCACUGUAUGCCCUGGCAGUGCGGGCCCUGGGAAGUCUGCAUCUUGCAAGAUGGAGUCUACGGCUGCCACGCCCGAGGGAUCGGUAUCUGCAGCAUCUCCGGGGACCCCCACUACCUGACCUUUGAUGGGGCCCUGCACCACUUCAUGGGCACCUGCACCUACCUGCUGACGAAGCUUUGCCUGGUGGAGCCCCAGGAGAACUACUUCACUGUGAGCGCCACCAACGAGAACCGAGGCGGGGACUUGGGAGUCUCCUACGUCAAGGCUGUCCACGUGCAGGCCUUCAACGUCCAGCUCUCGCUGAUCAAAGGCCGCAAGGUCAUGCUGAGCAACCGCCGGGUGGCCCUGCCUCUGUGGCUGGCUCAAGGCCAGAUGAGCGUGGCGCUCAGUGGCUCCUUCAUCCUGGUCCAAACGGACUUUGGGCUUCGGGUUCGAUAUGAUGGGAGCCACUUGGUGGACGUCACCGUGCCCUCCACCUAUGUCGGCCGGCUCUGCGGGCUGUGUGGGAAUUUCAACAACAACAGCUCCGAUGACAACCUGGGUCCGGAUAAAAAACCAGCCGAAAACUCUGUCCAGUUGGGUGCAGCCUGGCUGUUACCUUCUGCCUCUGAAUCUGGCUGCUUUGUUGCGGGUGGCAAGACCCCCAACUACCCAGAGAAAAAUGUGGCCAACAUCUGGAACAGGAACUGUGAGAUCUUGAUCAGUCCUUAUGGACCCUUCUCCCAGUGCCACGAGGUGGUGUCCCCGCAAGCCAGCUUCAGCAGUUGUGUGGAUGGACAGUCUGGGACCCACGGGAAUACCCUGGCCCUGUGCCACUCCCUACAGGCCUACGUGGCCCUCUGCGCCCAGGCUGGCCGACCCCUGACCUGGCGGAAUAGCACCUUCUGCCCUCUCAAGUGCCCACCUGGCAGCCGCUACAGUCCCUGUACCAGCCCCUGCCCAACCACCUGCCUCAGCAUGGACAAUCCAAGAGAAUGCCCGCUCAGCCUGCCCUGUGCCGAGGGCUGUGAGUGCCAGAGGGGCCACGUUCUGAGCGGGAUCUCCUGUGUGCCCCUCAGCCAGUGUGGCUGCACCGAUAAGCAGGGCUCCUACCACCCGGUCGGAGAGCGCUGGUAUGCAGACAGCACCUGUUCCAGACUCUGCACCUGCUCCAGCCAAAACAACAUCACCUGCAGCCACACCAGAUGUAGCCCCACCCAGAUGUGCUGGCCCCUGGACGGGCUGCUCCGCUGCCGGUCCUCAGGUCUGGUGGGAGUGUGCCACGUCACAGGAGACCCCAACUACGUGAGCUUCGACGGCAGUUACCACUCCUUCCGGGGCACCUGCACGUACAUCCUGGCCCAGGUGUGCCACCCCAACCUGAACCUGCCUUUCUUCAAGAUCAGUGCCAAGAACGAGAAGCAGAGUGGCCACACCCCAGCUUACUACCUGCACCACAUCAACAUUUACAUCCACGGGACCCACAUCGUCCUGCAGAGAGACCACCAUGUGCUGGUCAACGGCAAACCAGUCACGCUCCCUGUGACCCAGAUCCGGCACAUCACCAUCACUGUCAAUGGCAUCUAUACUGUGUUCAAGUCCAACUUGGGGGUGCUGGUCAAGUUUGAUGGCAAUCAUCUCUUAGAGAUCCAAAUCCCCAAAGCCUAUUAUCAAAAGGUCUGUGGUGUGUGCGGGAACUUCAAUGGCGAGGAAGAGGAUGAACUCAUGAUGCCCAAUGAUGAGCUAGCCCAGAAUGACAUCGAAUUUGGGAACAGCUGGAGAGAUACGGAUGACUCGGACUCAAAUUGCCUACGAGAUGACCGGGAGGUUCGGCUGGAGCACCGGGAGAACCCGCAUCGGAACUGCAAGCCACAGGACAUCACGAGGGCCCAGCAGCAAUGCCAAGCAGCCUUUCAGGGCUCCGGCUGGUCGGAAUGUACCACCCAGGUGACCCCCAGGUCCUUCCUGACCGGCUGUACCUACAACCUCUGUGAGCUUGGAGGAGAGAGCCGUGCCAUCUGUGACGCCCUGCAAGCCUUUGGGGUCGCCUGCCAGACCCAAGGGUUCAGGCCCCCAUUUUGGAGAAACAACACUUUCUGCCCUCUGAAAUGUCCCAGGUACAGUAGCUACACACAAUGCGCGCCCCCCUGCCCGCCUGCCUGCGGGAGCUUGAGGAACCAGUGCGAGCGCAGCAAACUCUUUUCCACCUGCUUCGAGGGCUGCCUUUGUAACCCCGGCUUUGUGCUCAGCGAGGACCGCUGUGUGCUCAAGAGUCAGUGUCGCUGCAUGACUACCAACGGCAACAUCCUUUCAGCAGGGAAGACCUGGCUGUCCACUGGUUGUACCCAGAAAUGUGCCUGCACAGAGGGAAACAUUCAGUGCUGGGUCUUCCACUGCCCUUCGGGCUCCCACUGCCAGCUCAACCCCAAGGGCAACAGCAACUGGAACCGGGAGGAGGCUGUACCGGGAGUGGACUCUGGUAGACUCUGCCAUGUGAGAUGGCAGGGUCCUGCAGUUACCGUCUUCCUCCUCCAGGUCAAUGACGAAAAGGUGGCCAUUCCCUACAAGCCCAAUGAGAACCUGCUGGUCAGCCUGCGGUCCCACCGCCUAUACAUGACCACGGACUUCGGGUUGGCCGUCAGCUUCAACGGGGAUAAACAUGCAGUGAUCUCCAUGCCCAGCACGUACCUGGGCCUGGUUCACGGCCUGUGCGGGAACUUUGACCGAAACCAGAACAACGAAUUCAUGCUGCCCAGCGGCGAUUUCACAGACAAUGUCAGCGUGUUUGGAAACAGCUGGGAGGUGAAGGAAAACCAAGCCCUUCUGGUCCGAGUCCCCAGGGCCACACAGGAGGAGGGACAGGAAGAAGGGCAGUCAGGCUUCGGGCUGUCAGAGUGCAGCCCCGAGCAGCUUGUCAACAACACCCAGGCCUGCAGGGUGCUGGCUGACCCCCAGGGUCUCUUUGCUGCCUGUCACCAGACUCUGGCUCCAGAGCCCUUCCAGGAGUAAGUCCAAGGCCCCUGGGAGGAGCGGCGCUGCCAGGUGCUCAGUGGGUACGCCUUCAUCUGCCAGGAGGCGGGCGCCCCCCUGGCCGGCUGGCGCAACCGUACUGGCUGUGCCAUGGAGUGUCCAGCCAAUACCGAGUAUCAGAGCUGCAUGACCCCCUGCCCGGCCUCCUGCGCCAACCCAGUGGCCCCCCAGGACUGCGAGGGCCCCUGUGUGGAAGGCUGCGCCAGCCUGCCCGGCUAUGUCUACAGCGGGGCUCACAGCCUCCCCUUGGCCGACUGCGGCUGCGUCAGUGACGGCGUGUACUACCAGCGAGGUGACAGCUUUGUGACCCAGAACUGUUCCCAGCGCUGUACCUGUGCCAGCUCGGGGCUCCUGCUGUGUGAUCCCUUCAGCUGUGGAGCCGGGGAAGUCUGCACCCUGGGGAACCACACCCGCGGCUGCUUCCGAGAAAGCCCGUGUCUACAGAACCCCUGUCAGAACGAUGGGCGGUGUCAGGAGCAGGGUGCCACUUUCACCUGUGAGUGUGUGCCUGGUUAUGGGGGAGACCGCUGCACAGAGCCUCGGGACACUCCACCCCCCGAGAAGCCAGAAGCGUCCAACCUGGUGGCCGUGCUACUGGGCAUGCUGGUACCCAUGGCUUUCAUAAUGCUGGCAGUGACCAGGAAGUACCUGCACAGGAAGAGGAAGAGGAGGGAGAAGACGCUGAGCCAGAACCUGGCUAUGCUGGCGGACGCAGGUGAGAACCAGCCCUCCCAUCCCAAACUUCUGCUCAGCACAGGUGGAGCUGAGGGGACAGGCCCUGGUUCUGGGUCAGCCUUUAACAUUCUCCCUGGGGUCCCAGGUUUCUUUCCAGAGAGAGCUCUCAGACCAACUCCGGUUUGAACUGCCCUCAACAAGGAAGAGAUGCAAUAAAGUUCUUUUAUUUUUGA